AUGAACUGCUGCUUUUCCUCCUUCAACAUGUGUCGUUUCCUUAUAUACAAGGGGAGAGAGCCCAUGCUCUUAUCUAAUCUCCUUACCAAGCCCGCACAUUCUAUCAUCAAUCAGUCCUUUGAUUCCCGUUUGAGAAUCGACCACCAGCCGAUCAAUGGUGAUGGCUUUGGUGUGGGCUACUACACUUUGGAAGACGAAGAAAAUGAGAUGAAUUCAGGCAAGGUGUCCGGACCUUGUGUCUACAAGGCCAUUACUCCAGCCUGGAACAACUUGAAUUUGCAGAGAUUGGCUGAAAAGACACGAUCGCGUAUGAUUUUUGCUCAUGUAAGAUCGUCCACCUAUGGUGUUCUCAGCGAGACAAACUGUCAUCCAUUCACCUAUCAUAACUUGAUGUUCAUGCACAAUGGGGGAAUUUGCAAUUUCAGAAAAAUCAAAAGAAGACUCAUGAGCCAUAUCGAAGAUGAAUUCUUCCUCACUAUCCAAGGAGCUACAGACUCCGAAUGCAGUUUUUCUUUGUUUUUAGACACUCUAUAUAAGAUGGGAUAUGAUCCAAAACUUGACAGGGCGAUUCCUGCUGAGAUAAUGAGACUCGCAUUAGUGAAAACUAUUCAAUAUAUUAAGGAUUGGGUGACAGAUUUGCAUUUGGAAGACACCGAUCCAUCUCUAAUGAACUUUGCCGUGACGGACGGUGAAUCUAUCGUGGUUUCUCGGUAUGUGACGUCAAAAACAGACGAAGCUGCUUCGCUUUACUUUUCUACGGGCUCCAAAUUCAUAGAAGUAGCACAAGGACAAUUCAAAAUGGAAAGACUCAACAGAUCUCAGGACAUCAUUAUGGUGGCAUCAGAGCCUCUUACUUUCGAGAGAGGAGAUUGGAUCUCAAUGCCAACAAAUUCCACUCUAACAAUUAGGAAGCAGAUUGUUAUGCUGCAUCCGAUAAUCGACGAGUUCUAUCAGGAGAACCCAACUUUCAUCAGAUCCAGAGAGUUUGCUGAAAGCAAGGGAUUAAUGGGUAUGAUACCUAAAGAAGAUAUCAGUGAUAAGGAGGUUCCUCCUUUGGAAAGAGAAGGGAGAAGUAGAGCCGGAUUGACAGUUUAA